AUGACAAGAGUCAGGGAUGGUGACAAGAGACAAGGAUGGUGGCAAGAGACAGGGAUGGUGACAGAGACAGGAAUGGUGACAAGGAUGGUGACAGAGACCACGAUGGUGACACGAGACGGGGAUGGUGACAGAGACAAGGAUGGUGACAGAGACAGGAAUGGUGACAAGGAUGAGACAAAGAUGGUGACAGAGACAAGGAUGGUGACAGGGAUGGUGACAAGAGACAGGGAUUGUGACAGAGACAGGGAUGGUGACAGAGAUAAGGAUGGUGACAGGGAUGAUGACAGAGACAAAGAUGGUGACAGAGACAAGGAUGGUGACAGGGAUGGUGACAAGAGACAGGGAUUGUGA